UCCCCUGCCUUCACUUUGUAUUGCACAGCUUUUCCUCCCUCAGCUGAGAUCUAUGGCUGUAGGAGUUCCCUUGCUGGGAAUUACUUAUCUGGGCUCUCAGGGCAGAGUUCAGGGGGUGGGUGUGUUGUGUGGCACUAGCUGGGCAGGAGGAGGAUGUGUGUACACUACUAUGGAAAAAGCAGCAGGGGAGUGCUGGAGCACUAUAGUGCAGGGUGUGUGUACCAUUCCGCUUUGAAGAACAGACAUCUGCAGUGUGAUCAGAUACAGAAGCGUGUGGGUCAGGAGAUGACGUGUGCAACCGCCUAGAGGAAUUGAGUGCAAGCCUUUCAGGACAGUCGACUAAGAAUACAGAGCUCUGGAUGUCUAUACAGGGCAGAUCGCAGCAUUGUGUACAGAAGCGUCAUCAGACACGUCAUAUAGAGCUGCCUGUGUAACAAGUGGAUUGUUUGAGGCUGGUGGGACACCUAUAAUACCACAUAGUGGUCUGUGGAAUACUUUAUUAUAUGACACCACCAGCAGGAGGCGCUGCAAAGGAUGGACCCACACCUAUCUUUAACAUUGGAUGACUUCAUCCCCCCUCACCUACAGAAGAAAAAGAACCGGGGGGCUUCACCGACCUACAAUGCACGUACGGACGGCGCCGAUGAGGGCGAUCUCUUAUACAAGGCCACAUUGAUACUGACUGAUGAUAGCCAGGACAGUCCAAGCCCGCAAAUAGAGAGGCGAUGGAUCCGCUAUGAGGGCAUUGGACCAACAGAUGAAGAUGGCAUGCCCUUCGCCUCCAGAUCUAGUGUUGACAAGCCUCGAGAAUGGUACAAGAACAUGUACAAGGUUCUGCACCAGAUGUCAGAUUCUGAGGACAGUGAUGGGGACGAUAAUUUGUCAAAACCAGAUCAUCAUAAAGACGCUUUCAUUCUAUCAACCAAAUCCAAGUUUGUAGCAGAUGAAAAUAACGGUUGGACCAACAUGGUGGAUCAUUCUAAACGAAGAAGUCAAGACCCUUCACAUUUACAUAUAACAGUAAAGUCCAACAUUGGGGAAUCUCCGAGCAAGUCCAGCAGCACCCUUAAAAUAGAAACACCUCCAGAUGUCUCUAAACCGCAUGCCACCACACUACCACAUUCUUCCUCUCGUCAGCCGUCACAGACAUCUCCAUACUACUCAUCGAAAGCGUCACAUUUUAUCAAUAAAUCCACUACCACAAACUCUUCACAGAACUACAACACCCAACGGCCUCAGCAAGUGUUGUCCAGUACCAGCAGCAAGCAUCAAACAUCAGAACCUGGUCCACGACACGUCUUCCCUGAUCAUUCGUCCCACAGUUCACAAAAUAAUAAGGAAACAACCUCACUUCAAAGUCUCAAGCAAAAGUCUAAAUAUUCUUCACCAGCAAGCACCACCUCUGGUACACGCAUCUUAAGUCCCACCUCCAAGGAGCCCAGAAGAUCCACCUCCAAGAUGCUAGAGCAGCUGGACACUGAUUUGCGUAAUUUCACAGAGGAACUGGACAAAGACCUGGAGGUGCGAAAACAGCGUCCCGAAGCAACACUAGAGAAGUGCGAGGAACUUAUAUUACGGAGAAAUUCAUACCAAGCAGCAGGUGGCAGCACUGAGCCAGCAGUAAACAAAUCCAGAAGACGGUAUACAGAGGAGCAGCAGGAUCUCUCACCAGUUUCAAAAGCUGUUGUAAAGUUUGACUUUGUGGCAGAGUCAGAAAAAGAGAUUUCCCUGCAGCGUGGGACCACGGUUAACAUCCUCAAGAAAAUAGAUGAGCACUGGCUGCUGGGAGAACAAGAUGGAAGACUAGGCCUUUUCCCGGAGAGCUACGUCAGGGUUCUAUCCCCCGGUCAGCAGGAACCACUGGACACCCCCCAACUCUCGGGAAUUGCUCUUUAUGACUUCAAGGCGGAUUCUGAAGCAGAGCUACCACUACGUAAAGGCCAGCGUGUUCUUAUUAAUCGGAGGGUUGGUGGCAAUUGGUUUGAAGGGCGAGUUGAAGGCUCCAGGCGACUUGGCAUAUUUCCUGCAACUUAUGUGCAGGUCACAGAUGGUCUUGUGCAGGCCAGGAAGGUGGACACCAUAAUAAAGCGAGCUCCAGAUACUAACUCUGUAGAGCAGGUCUCUAGUGCUCUAACACUAAAAGAAAGACCAUGCACUGUGCAGGCCCCUGCAUCCAACCGGCUUCAGGAGCUGAAAGGAACCCUGUAUCGGGUAUUAUUUAAUUACUCCCCGAAAAACACAGAUGAGCUGCAGCUAAAUUCUGGAGACAUAGUGACGGUGACACAGCAUUGUGAUGAUGGAUGGUAUGUAGGGGUCUGCUGGAGGACACAAAAGUUUGGCACCUUCCCUGGAAAUUUUGUUGCUCUAUAUGAAACCUCAUAGACUGUAUCUGAAACCAUGAACUGACCAACGAUGGUAACACCAAGCACUCAGCUUGAAAAUAAUGAUGUCUGUAUGGGAACAGUGACCAGAGCGAGGAAUCUACUCAUUGACUUAUGUAUAUGCAGUCUCACCAGCGUCCAUGUAUACCUGUCAACAAACCUGAUUUACAUGUUAUCUUACUCUUCCUGAUCUGCUGGUUUCUGUAAUCCAGUUUUACUUCUUGCAUCUGAUAUGUAACUAUGAGAGCAUGUAAUCCCUUAAAUGUCUACAUUCCAUGCCGGGACAAGACUCUACACUGCCAACGCUGGUGCCCAUGAUCUCCACCUACUUCAAGCACAGACCAAACUGGCAAUUAUUUCAAUACCCACAAUUCUAUAUUUUUUCCACUCAUCCUUAUGCCAUCAGAUAGUGAGCGUUGCUAAAGAUGUUAAAGGGUUAGUCUGCUUAAGAAAAUAACAUUUACUCAGUUCUGUCUGGGAAUUCUGAGUUAAUAGAGGUUCUCUGUUCAUCUCUUGACCAGAGAAGAGAUGGGUCACAAUGAUCAUCUCUUGUUCUGGAGGACCUGUCCUGUCCUGGAUGGCACAGACAACUCAUUCAUGUGAAUAAACAUUCUGCAAUGCUUAAUUUUGACCCGUGGUGGUGCUGCAAGAAAAAUUGGACACCUACUAAGAACUUUAGUCAUAGAUUGCAGCUGAUCGCUGUUUCGCCCCCUGGGUCCAUCUGAUUGUCAAUGACCCUUCCCUUCUAGCAAGUAGGGAUUAUCCAAACUGCAAGAAGCCCUUUGUUUUCCAGGAGUAGAAUAUUGAUGACGUAUCCUCAGGAGAGGUCAUCAAUAUCUAAUUGGUGGGGGUCCAACACCUGACAUCACCACCAAUCAGCUGUUUAAAGCAGCCAUGGCGCUUCGGUGACCACUGUGGCCUCCUCAUAGCUUACCAGCACAUGUUGCAUAGUGGCAGUGCAUGGACUGAGCAGCACAUAGGCCAUGUAACCAAUAAAUGUGAUGUCACUGACCUAGGAAGAGGCUACAGUGCUCACCGGAGCAUUAUGGCCUCUUCACACAGCUGAUUGCCAGGGGUGCCAGGAUUUGAACCCCCACCAAUCAGAUGUUAAUGGCCUAUCAUGAGGAUCAAUAUUUUACUACCGGAAAACACGUUUAAGGAAACAGCUGAUCACGCUUACUGUGCCUGUAUCUCUCGUAGACAUUGAUGUCAUAACAAAGCCUCCUUAGUAUAGCAAUAAGAGAUAGAGAAGUAGACCUCCUCUCCAUCUCUAAGAACAAUUUGGUGUUGAGCUAAAGAUCUGAGUAAUCUGAGGCUUGUUGUUAGGGACGUACGACUGGACAACUACAAUAUACAGCCUACAGGUUCCUUUACGCAGACAAUUAGGCAAUUAUCAGGAAUGAACUAAAUAUUCCUGAUAAUUGCCUGAACAUCAGCAGUGAUUAUUUUUUUUGUUGUCGGCAGAAAAACACUAUCACCCGCUGAAUGAGCGUUUCCUCGUUCAUCUGGUGAUCACGGCACCUUUUACACAGGCCAGUUACCAGGAACAAAUGUUUAUACAAACCUUCAUUCCCCGAUAAUCCCCCUAAUUAUAGGUCCCUGUAAAAGGACCUUAACACUGCAGUUGUUAGACUGGUCGCUCGGGAUACAUAGCCUAUCCCAUAUUACCAUGGUUAACUCAGAGCUUAAUUAGCAUUGUGCUGUCAGAUUUUUUAAGAACUGUCUAAAAAAAAGUCACUAAAAUGUUGAAGCUUAUAUAAACCAAUCACAAUGUAGAUUUUAUGUUUUGGGAGCAUAAUAGGAAAUGAAAGCCGUGCUGUGAUUGUUUGCUGUGGAUAUUCCAUAACCACAUCAGCCCUCCUGGUAAAGCCUCCCAAACCACACUGCACAAAAAACAUAUCCAAGCCCUCUUUCAGCCCCCUCCAAAAAAUAAUAUCCUGGUAAUAUCCUAGAUUGGUAGCUCAGUUCUGAUGUGUAGAUCUGUGUGGACAAAUGAUAAACCAGUAAAGCAAAAACACACACAUUUUAUUAGGUUUAAGUACUCUGUAUGCAAUGCCCGCACUGCACGUGGUUAAAGUGUUAAUGUAUUGUACUUUAUGCAUGUUAUGUCUCAUAGACCAGGGGUCUCAAACUCUGCCCAUACAUAGAAAAUAAUUUCCAGUUGACGGCAUGCAUUCAUUUUAUUUCAUACACAAUUAUUGUUAAUAGAAUACAGCAUCACAUACCUCUUACAUCCAGUGACUUCUCCUCUGAUGUAGAAGUUCUCUUUGCUCAUCUUCUCCAUUGGGACCAGACCGCCAUGACAGCUUCUUUCAGCCCUUCAUCUCUGCAGAGUUUGGCACACAGACCUCUUAGGUUCCUCACUUAUCCAUCAUUCUCCUCUCCUGGUGCCCCAUCAUUGUUAUCCUGCUGCUACCCCCAAUACUGUGCUUCCAAAUGCCCACAUACACAAUACUGCAAAAAUAACAGUGCUGUACAGAUAGUGCUCCCCAUAGUAAUAGUGCACCCAGACUGCCCUUAAUAGUAAUAGUGCGCCCUAAAAGGCCCUUCUAUAAGGCAACUCUUUAGAGCCCCCAGUAGUAGUAAAGCCGAUCUAUAAGGCAACCCUAUAGAGACCACAGUAGUGAUAAAGUCCCCUAUAGUGUCCCCAGUAGUUAUAAUACCUCAUAUAGUGGCCCCAGUAUUUAUUAUGUGCCCUGUAAGAGCUCCCUGUAGUGCCCCCAGUAUUCAUAAUGCCCCCUGCAGUGCCCAUGUAGUUAUAAUGCCCUCUGCAAUGCCCCUGUCGUCAUAAUGCCCUCCUGCAGUUAUAACCUCCCUGUAGUCUUUACUGUUUUAUAAUGCCCCCUGUAGUGCUCCAACCUGUAUUAAUGUCCCCAGUAGUGUCCCCUGUAUUAUUAUGUCCCCAUUAUAGUUUUCCAGUCUGUCUCAUUGCCCCCAUUAACGAGUCUGUAUUAUACUGCCGCCCGUAGUGCUGAAAUCUGUAUCAAUACCCCCAAUAGUGCCCCAUGUAUUAUAAUGACCCCCUCCGUAAUGCUCUGGCCUGUAUUAGUGCCCCAUGAAUUAUAUUGCUGCCUCUCCCCCAGUGCUCCAGCCUGUAAGGUCCCCAGUAGUGCCCACUCCUGUUCCCCGGUGCAGAAGGUCACAGGAGGUGUGAUGAAGUGGUCAAAAAUGGCAGUAUUCUAAAGCAGGUGUUCAUGACCAUGUAAUCGCGCCACCUCAGAUCCGGUGCAGGAGAUCGCAGUGAUGUAAUUGCGACUUCCAGUGCCAUUCUACUGCCUCAUAGGCUUUAAUCCUAGUGACGCGAGGCCUAUGAGGCUGAACGAUGUGGACGAGAGCCACAGGCACCCGUGGACCACCUGCCAACUGCCGCCUUGAACUAAGAUGCUCAUUUUGCCUCAUGGUCGCGGACUUCAGAUGAUUGCCUCAGGGACCACAUGCGGCCAGUGGCCAUGUGUUUGAGACCCCUGUCAUAGAUUGUGUAUGAGAGAGUAGUGGGUCCC